UUCUUCCUCAUCAAACCGAGCAAGAGUAUAAACAUCGAGAGAUUCAAGCAGGAUCUCUCGGAUCUCAUGAGCUGCCCGUAUAAAUCAAACACAACCGAACAGGAACUAAACCGAAUGAGACUGAAGAUGUGUUGUAACGCCACAGGAUCAUUAUACCUGACCAAACGCAACACAGCUGUCAAUCAAAAGAUCCCAUAUGAAACAAACUCAAAGCGCACACACACAGUGGAUGCGGCGCUUCACACCAUGUUGCCUGAGGACUUCCCCUGGAGUGGGCGUGGCUUGGGUCGCUGUGCUGUGGUGGGCAGUGGAGGGAUUCUGAAGAACAGCAGCUGUGGGCAGAUGAUUGACAGCGCAGACUUUGUCAUACGGUUUAAUUUGGCUUCUGUUAAUGACAGCGAUGUUGGACUGAAGACAGAUCUGAUCACCAUUAACCCCAGUCAGAUCCGCACAGAUUACAGUAAACUGCAGAAGAAUCCUGGUCCAUUUGUUGAGCGUGUCAGUGUUUAUGGCAACGCCACCCUCAUUCUUCCCGCCUUCGCCUACACGUUCAACACUCAACUGUCAAUUAACUCUCUCAAAGUCCUUCGGCCAAUCAGACCUCAGCAACCAGUCGUGUUCUUCAGCCCUGACUACCUGCGGACACUGGACCAUUUCUGGAAGGGGCGUGGCCUGAAGGAGGUCCGCCUCUCCACAGGGUUUAUGUUGAUUAGCGUGGCGUUAGAGCUGUGCGAACAGGUGCACGUUUACGGAUUCUGGCCAUUCGACAGCGACUUGCAGCAGCGCACGGUUCCGUAUCAUUACUACGACCAGAGAGUCCCGAGCCGCCGCAUGCAUGCCAUGCCAGAGGAGUUCCAGCGCCUGCUGCAGCUGCACAGCCAGGGGGCGCUAACACUGCACCUGCAGCCCUGCGCUUAAGAGACGCACGCAACUUAUUCUGCACUCAAUGUGUUUGUUUCUGUUUGUUUGUUUGUUUGUUUAUUUAUUAGGUGAAGGUUUGGUUGGACAAAGACAAAAUCAACAGCACAUUUAUAAGAAGUUGGUUGUGUAAAUGGACUGUACGCAAUGAAUUAGAAUAAUAAAUUAUGUUCAUAAGACCUUUAAAGGAACAAUUUUAAACUUCAAGAUCUUAUUACUCUGAGUGAAUGUGAAAUUAUUGUUCAGUCCAAGGAAUUACAAUCUUUUGAUUGAAACUGUUAUUAAUGAUUGUGUUAUUAUAUGUUGUUUUAUAUGAUGUUGAUGAUUUAUGUAUUUAUAUAUGUGGUAUACUAUAGAUUGUUGCUGCCUUUCUUGGCCAGGUCUCUCUUGUAAAAGAGAUUCAAACCUCAAUGGGACUAAUCUGAUUGAAUAAAAGGGUUAUGUUUAAAAAUUCCCCAAUCUGGAGGCCUGGGUAUCUCAGCGAGUAUUGAUGCUGACUAUCACACCUGGAGUCGUGAGUUUGAAUCCAGGGCGUGCUGAGUGACUCCAACCAGGUCUCCUUAGCAACCAAAUUGGCCCGGUUGCUAGGGAGGGUAGAGUCACAUGGGGUAACCUCCUCGUGGUCGCUAUAAUGUGGUUCUCGCUCUCGGUGGGGCGUGUGGUGAGUUGUGCGUGGAUGCCAUGGAGAAUAGCGUGAAGCCUCCACACUCGCUAUGACUCCACGGUAACACGCUCAACAAGCCACGUGAUAAGACUGACGGUCUCAGAUGCGGAGGCAACUGAGAUUCAUCCUCCGCCACACUCCGCAAGUCACUACACCAACAUGAGGACUUAGAGCACAUUGGGAAUUGGGCGUUCCAGAUUGGGGAGUAAAUGGGAGAAAAUAAAAAAUACAUUCCCCAACCCUAACCAUGUCUAGAUGUGUCACCGCAUUUUGGAGUUGGCCCAAAGUAGUAAUAUCACCCUGUAGCUCAAGACUGGUUUCCCACUGGGCUGAGUCUGGUCAGUACCAGGAUGGGAGACCUCCUGGGAAAACUAAGGUUGCAACUGGAAAUGUAAGUGCAGUUCUAGCGGGAAGACUAGCAGCUGUACAUCAUCGCACCAUUAGCUGGGUCAUUUCCAGCCAAUCACAUGUAAGCCAUUGCUUAAUAAGUCUGCUCACAAUCUGUCACAUUGCUGUUUCAGUGUGCUAACAUGGCAACCUCCUCCACCCCACCACCACCUGUUGAGUCCCGUCCUGCACGGGGAUAGGCUCCUCGCCCCUGCCUCCUAUCUCCGGCAGGAUAUGACAUUUCUGAGUACAAAUUCUUCAGACCGCCAGACGGGGCUUAAGCCAAAGAGAAACAUUACAUUUAUAUUUUAUA